CCACCCCCCCGUCCGUCCGUCUUACUGCCUGCCUGCCUGCCUGCCUGCCUGCCUGCCUGUUUAUCGCAUAAUCAACGUAACGUAACUCACGUAGAGAAAGAAAGAAAAAGAGAUAUACACGUAUAUAGUACGAAAAACUUUACGCGUUACGUGAUCGGUAAAGGAGAUUAGUAAAAGAGAAGGUAAUAAAUAAUACAUUGAAAAUAAUCGUAUUGAGAAAUUAAGUUCGAGUUACGGAAGAGGGACGAAGAGAGAGAGAAAGAGAGAGAGAGAGAGAAGAAAAAUAAAAAGGAUUGGUUCGUGGGUUUUUGAUUUUGGCCCUUGGAAAAAAAGUUUUCGAAGGCAGCUAACUAAAGGGAAGAAGAAGAAGAAGAAGAAGAAGAAGAGGAGAAAGAAAGAAAGAAGAUAAAGGAAGAAGGAAAAAAAAAGAAACGAAAACAAUCAUGUCGAAACUCUACGUUGGCAAUUUAUCCUCGGAAUGCAACGAGAACGCCCUAAGGCAAUUAUUCCAGGAUCACAAUUUAUCCUGCACUACUAUCCUGGUUAAACGUGGUGGUUACGCUUUCGUCGACUGCGCAGACCAAUCCACCGCCGAUCGUGCGAUCGACAAGCUUAACGGUUAUACCUUCCUAGGAUCGUCGCUCGUGGUGGAGCCAUCUGUGGCCAGCGGUGCGAAGAAACGGGGUAGCGUCAUCGCCGCCCUACCAGAAUCCUCGCUCGACCAGAUCGGCAACGGAUGGCGAUUUGGAGAAAAUAGUGAUAUCCUACAGAAGGAGAUGGAGCGUUUGGAUAUCGAGGAGAAGAAUGGAGAUGGCCAAAGUAGCGGUGCCGGUGCUAAAGUCAUUGUAAGCAACAUCCCAGCGAACGUUAAAUUGGACGAAUUGGAACUGCUUCUAUUGAAUUUCGGACAGGUCCAAAACGUAGAAAAGGUAUCCUCACGCGAUCCCAAUACAUUGUCCUACCUCGUCAGCUAUGAGACGCUAGAACAGGCACAGCAGGCUGUGAAUCAAUUUAAUGGCUAUGAAUACGAGGGUAACUCGUUAAAGGUGGAAAUGUCUUCGGCUGAAAGCCGACGAAGAGGCCGCAGCCAACGCGGCGGCGUUGCAUUUUCCGGUCUUCCGGGAUCCGGCCGACAAACUGACUUCCCUCUUCGUAUUUUAGUACAAUCGGACAUGGUCGGCGCAAUAAUCGGCCGACAGGGUUCAACGAUACGUCAUAUCACUCAGAUGACGCGUGCUAGGGUCGACGUACACCGUAAAGACAAUGUAGGCUCUGUCGAGAAGGCAAUAACGAUUUAUGGUAAUCCAGAAAAUUGUACAAACGCAUGCAAGAAGAUCUUAGAGGUUAUGCAACAGGAGGCAAUGAAUACGAACAAGGGAGAGAUUAUUCUAAAGAUUUUGGCACACAAUAAUCUUAUCGGACGUAUCAUUGGUAAAGGUGGUAACACGAUCAAAAGGAUCAUGCAAGAUACCGACACUAAAAUAACAGUUAGCAGUAUAAACGACAUCAACAGUUUUAAUCUCGAGCGCAUUAUCACGGUUAAGGGUACUAUUGAAAAUAUGAGCAAAGCCGAAUCAAUGAUAUCGAGCAAAUUACGUCAGAGUUAUGAGAAUGACUUACAAGCCAUGGCGCCUCAAAGCAUGAUGUUCCCCGGUUUGCAUCCCAUGGCUAUGAUGUCCACCGCUGGCAUGGGAUAUAGCUCGCGUGGAACAGCCCUUUAUGGCUCUGGUCCCGCCCCAUAUCCCUACCAAGGGAGCUUGCCGACCCAGGGCGUACCCGCUGGUGAUACACAGGAAACUACCUUCCUCUACAUUCCUAAUAGUAGUGUCGGUGCUAUUAUUGGUACUAAGGGUUCUCAUAUAAGAAAUAUCAUAAGGUUUUCCGGUGCCAGCGUUAAAAUUGCACCGCUCGAACAAGAUAAACCGGCGGAGCAACAAACUGAAAGGAAAGUCACCAUUGUCGGAUCACCGGAAUCACAAUGGAAGGCCCAGUACUUGAUCUUUGAAAAGAUGCGGGAGGAGGGCUUCGUUGCUGGUACAGAGGAUGUUAGACUGACGAUAGAAAUUUUAGUACCAAGCGCUCAGGUAGGCCGAAUCAUCGGUAAAGGCGGUCAAAACGUUAGGGAGCUUCAACGUGCAACUGGAAGCGUCAUCAAGCUAUCGGAACAACAAGCCACGCCUCCCUCAGCCGACGAGGAAACCACCGUCCAUAUCAUUGGGCCCUUCUUCUCCGUUCAGUCUGCCCAAAGGAGAAUUCGUUCAAUGGUGUUGCAAUCUGGUGCACCCGGUGGAGCGGGAGGUGUAGGCUCACGCGCUGGUCGUGGUAGCAGCCAAGAAGGUGGUUCUCGUUCCCGAAGAGACGGUAGUGCAACGUCUCAACAAGGAACUGUUGUUGCAUCUCAACCGCAAUCACAAUCGUCGUCAUCCCAGCAGCAACAAACGACGUCCUCUACCUCGCCGUCAAGUCAACAACAACAGCAGCAACAGCAACAGCAACAACAGCAACCAUCGCCGCCACAGCAGCAACAGCAACAACAACAGCCACAACAACAACCGUCAUCUCAGAAUCAGUAACCUCGAUGAAAAAAAAAAGAACAAAAAAAAAAACAAACAAAAACAAAGAAAAAACAACAACAACAACAACAACAAGAAACAAUUUGUUCGAUGUCGCCGCGACCAACAGCAACGCUUCGUAUAAAAAUCCAUUUUUUUUUUCGUCGGGGUGGUGAGGGACUCGUCUCUCAUCGAGAGGCUGCGUAAAAAAAAACCCCUCUCGCGGAGAUACGUACCCUUCUAGAUGAUGAUGAUGAUCCAUAUAAGGAAAGAGAUAGUAAGACUAAGGAAGAGAUUAAGAUAAGGAGAGAGCGAGAGAGAAGAAGAGAGUGUGAGAGAGAGAGAGUGAGAGAGAAAGACGGGUAAUAAAAGAUGUAGCGAUGAAGGAAGAUAGAGCGAUGAAGAGAUUGAGAGAGUGAGAGAGAGAGAGAGAGAGAGAGAGAGAGAGAGAGAGAGAGAGAGAGAGAGAGAGAGAGAGAGAGGGGGGAGUAGUGCGGGCUCUUAUAGCGAUGUACAGAGAGAAGAAAUUACGGAAGAUAACGAAUAUUUCUUUCCAAAAUAAAUGAUAUUAAAUUGAACUGAACUAAAAAAAAAAACAAAUAAAAAAAACAAAAAAAAAACCAAAAAUAAACCAAAAAAAGACAAAAAAAAACGUUUUUUUUCUUUUUUUUUUAAAUAAAAAAAUGUGUAUACACGGAAAAAAACAUUAACCAAAAAUAUCAUUCAGCAGGAACCAAUAAGAGUUACUUUUAACCCUGUCGUUUUCGGUACUGAUUUUUUUUUCUUUUUUUUACCCUCUCCUUAUUAUCAAAAUAUUACCUAUGAUUAUUCUUUUUUCUUUUUUUUUUUUUCUUUCUUUCUUCGAUAUAUCAACGUUUUACGAAGGAUAUAUAAAUAAAUAAAUUUAUAUAAUCCUCUCUCUAUUUGCGUGUUGUUUUGUUCAAUGAUAAAAACGAUCAUUCGAUGAUUCUUCUUCGAGGUGAACCAUUGAGAAAGACAGACAGACAGGAGAGUACUAGAAAGAGAGAGAGAGAGAGAGAGAAUUAGAUGGUGGGUUUAAUUUCAAAAGAAAAAAAAAAAAAAAAAACAAAAAAAAAAAACAAAAAAAAACAAAAAAAAACAAAAAAAAAACAAAAAAAAACAAAAACAAAAAAAAAUAAAAAUCCCUUGUAAGCUGCUAAUAAUUCCGUGCUCGUAUAUCGAAUUUGUCUUUUUUCUUUUUUAUUUUUUUUUUCUCUCCCCAAUAUCCGUUGAUUCUAUCAAUUUCGAUGAUUUCACGUACAUCAUAAUUUUCUCUCUAGACAUUGAUGAAACAACGAUAAGAUUAAUAAAUAUAAUCUCGUCAGCGUUAAUAGUGGAUCUUUUGGUUUCCUUUUGGACGUUGCCGUUUUUAAAUGGCCAGAGAUUGAAGAAAA